AUGGAUCAAGAACAGUUCAGCGGCUGGAGUCCCCCUCGAGACGACCUCGAUGGUCUGAUCUCAGGGUUUGAUGCGUCUAAUACCAUACCAGAUGUCGACAGGACCGCCUGGAGUGAACAAGGCACUGCAACGUCCUCUCCUCAUCACUCACGCUAUCUCGAGCCUGCCUCCCCAGGAAUCAUCAGAUCGCCGCUUCAACAGCCCCCCAGCUCAGUCCCCAGCUCAGUCCCCAGCUCUAGACCAGUCGCUCAGCGAAGGACAGCGUCUUCAAAUCAAAUCUCUGGCUUGGCCUAUGGGGAGCAACCUCCCCCCAUCUCCUUCGAGCCUCCUCUUCGAUCGAUAUUCGUCUCCGGACCGCCUACGGCUUCCGUCUCCGCGAACACGGCUCUGGCCUCUCUGAGCGCUGCAGCGUCCUCGAACAAUACCGUUUCGUUGGCGGCGUUGACAAGCGCUGGCGGAAGUCGACGUCCUAAUAUCAAGGCUGGGGACACCACGCCGACUGCUUUGCCCGGAGCCUCGAGCAGUCGACAUCAUUUGAUCAACCCCGAAAAGGAUGGCGAUGACCCCACGGCAGGCGCAACCAGCAACAGCUUUGACCCUGACUCUGUCAAUACCUCGACGACCCUUGCUCGUCUGUUCAUCACAAGCGACACAACGAGUCCUGAUCCCACAUCCAGAGUCAGUUCCCACAUCCGAACCGUGUCCGCUGCCAGCCGAAGUCUAGGUGGUACCGCAACUCUCACGGGCCAUCUCUUUCGCCAUGGAUUCGAGGAAGGCCGCCAUUCCGACAUCACUGUGAAUGCUUUUGGCCAGAGUUACAGACUUCAUAAACUGCUUCUCGACCGCGUACCUUAUUUCUCGUCUGCAUUCUCUGGGUCUUGGGCAGAGAGCACAGCGCGAGAGAUGACAAUCCCGUGCGAAGACCUCGAUCCCUACAUCACGAAAAACGCUUUCGAGCUUGCCCUGAAGAGAAUAUACGGAACACAGUUUCCUGUGCAGGAAGAAGAAGAAGCCAUUGGGCUGUUCGCUACAGCAUGUUGGCUGGACAUGCCUGACCUUGUGGAUUCUUGUGUCGACUCGAUCCUUCGACAGAUGCAGCCAGCUACCCUUCACAGCUUGAUUAAGCUAGUAACUAACAAUUACUACGGGAAAGCUGGAGAUCGCAUCCUCGCUUCUGCCAAAGCCAUGCUGUGCAAAGAGGGCUGGGAGAUGCCGUAUGAGUAUUGGGACGAGAUUCCGGCUGAAAUCAUUCGCGAGAUCGUUGGUGGGGAUCCCUUCUUCGUCCCAAGCGAGUGGGAGAGGUGGUACCUCGCUUUGAAGCUGUUGAAUCGCCGACUAAAGGCCAAAGCCAUCGAAGGAGGGCUAGUCUCCCCAAGUGGUCGAUACCUGUACCCCAAACCAACAAGUCUGCGAUUCUUUGCCGUGAGAUUUGAUGCCCCUUAUAGGAUAACUGGACACAAUAGGUAUGUUUCCGAGAAGGACGAGGCUUGGGUGGCGCUGUACACAUCUCCGGAAAUCGCUCCACUGCUUGUCCUGCUGGACGAGGGAAUUCACUAUGUUCAUCUUCGCUUCGAACAACUGCAGCAAAUCCGGACGCAGAAGGACAUUCUUGGAGUUCCAGUACUCCCAGAAAAGGUCAUUGGAGAUGCUUUAUGGAUGUCGAUGGAACUGCGACAGAAAGUUCUCAAUGCCCGGGAAACUGACGAGACACUCGGACUGAGUGAGGUAGCCGAAGACGUUGAGGACCUCGAGGAUCAUGCUGAGCAAGCAUCGGUCCACAAGAAGGGAAAGUCACGAGAUGAUGGCCCAGCCGACCCGAACGAAGUUCCUGCAGAAAUGGAGUCUGGCUCUUGGGAUGGCAACGGUAAACCUCGAAAAUUCUGGAUUCCGACUAACGAUGUCUCGUGUGUGAUGGGGGGCACUCGAGAAGCUUGUGUAGCCGCCAACUCUACGAGCGUUGCAGAGUGGAGCACGCAUGCCGCCAGGUUAUCAGCGAGCCUCGAGCCCACUGAUGUCGCCUGGGCUCUCGACUUCACAAGUGGCAACGUUAUGGACAGCGGCAGGCCUCCCUCCAGAGGAUACUCGCCGACGUCCGCGCCCCGUUUCAGCUAUUACCCUCCAUUUCGGUUUUCAGCGGAGUUCCCAAGCCCGCGGACACUCAAGGAAAAGAAACGGGUCUAUUCCCACACGGUUUGGUAUGCGGGGAGUCUGUGGAAUCUUUAUAUCCAGCGCGUCAAUAACUCCAAAGUCCAGCAAUUGGGCAUAUACUUGCACAGGGCCAAGGAUAAAGACCCGUGUGAAGACCCUCUUGCCUUGUGGAUGUCUUCCACUGUGGACGAUCGCAUUGGGCAGCUGGAGCGGGAGAUGCUGCUUCGGAAGAACGAACGGCGGAAUCGGAGUUGGCACGUCAAUGAGCCCGUUCGUGGGUCGGCAGUUGAGCAGGAGGAUGCAUCAGCCGAGUCGACACAAGAAUAUGACAGUUCAAAUCCGCAGAUGACGGAAGGCGAAAGAGUGACUUUGCGCCGGCGGACGGCCAAGUCGGUACAAAAGACUUCACAAACCCCCCAAGCUACAGGCAUCCAAUCCACCGACUCCUCUCCUCCAGACGGCCUGAUGCUCGACUCGGAUGAAGAGGAUGCAGAGCUGUUGCGAACCAACAGGAAAUACAAUGUUUCGGCAAUGCCACCUUACAUGGAUUCGCGUCCGACGAUCCGAACAUAUUUUAAGAUCUACUCACCCAGCAAGGGCGGGCGACUUUUGAGCAUUUAUGAGAGCGCACCAGACAAGUUUGAUGUCAGCAAGAGUUGGGGAUGGAAGAGCAGCCAAAUGCAGCUCGAUGAUGGGAUCGGUGGAUGUGUAACGACGAAGUCUAGCAAGGACGGGAAGUUGAGGUAUAUGGUCGUCAUUGGCAACAUCUAA